AUGUCGGCUCACACCUUCCAUAACAUUGGUCUCAUCCGGGGCCAUUAUGAGUAUUUAUCUGCCAGCAAGAACGAAGUCAUGACCGAGGAAAGAGUUGUUACGAGCCUACGUGCUGUUGCACUGGCAGCGUAUGCUACCAAGUUCCAGCAUUUUGUCCUUCUCAAGAAGGCUAGACGGUAUUACAUCGCAGCGCUUCGACAUAUCAAUGCAGCCUUAUCGUCCCCCCAUGAAGCAGCAAAUAAUGCUACCAUUAUGUCGAUCUUAUUCCUAAACACCUUUGAGGCUCUGACUUGUGAGAGUAAAGACUUCCCCUAUCAAAGAGAGACUCACUUAAAGGGUGUAGCAUCAAUAUUGGACAUUCGAGGGGUGGGACUUGUGCAAUCUCGUCCCGGACUUCAAAUGUUUCGACAAACCCUUCUUUGUAUUUCAGUGACCUGCUUGAUGCGCUCUUUUCGAAUACCUAUGGGAUUGGUAAAGCUUCACCGCCACACUGCUGCUUACAUGGAUACUGAUGAUCCUGCCUGGAAAUUGUCUGAAAUCAUGAUAUCGCUGUCCUAUUUCCGUGCACAGAUUAAGUGCCGUACACUCUACGAUCCGGAGAAAAUGAUUGCAUAUGCCAAAGAUAUAGACCGCAGCCUCUGCUCGCUCACGGAUAACAUGCCCGAAGAUUGGCAAUUCCAUGUCGUGAAUUCGGCGAAAACAUCCAAACAGGUCAUGGGAACACAAUUUCACAAGUAUUCUGAUGCAUGGGUCGCAGGUGUGUGGAACAACGUCCGUACAUGUCGGUUGCUUCUGCAUCAAGAAAUCAAGCAACAAAUGGAGAAUUUCCUGGACACUUCUCUAUUCGAUUCUGUCCAGUAUCAGCACUCAGUUAUAAUAAUGCAACAGCUCGUUUCAGACAUCUGUGCUUCCGUGCCUCAAUACUGUGGUGACCUGCCAGUAAUAUCGGGCAGUCUAUCAGAUACACAAACAGACAGCAAUGGUAUCCCCGCUGUCGCUGGUAUCUACCUUCUAUUUUGGCCUCUGCUAUAUGCCGGGCAGAUGGCUAGUUCGGAAUAUCAGCGAGAUUGGAUCAUUGAUCGCAUGCACUAUAUCGGCGAAACAACCGGUAUUCAGCAAGCCUUUGUGUUUGAAGACAUACUAAAGCGCGGUGUGGACCCUUUUUGA